AUGUGGAAAAUAAGAUACCUAAAUAAUCUGACAAAGGGAUAUUAUAACAAUAAGGAAAGAAUAAAACUGUGUAAAUAUUGUGAAAGAACUAUAAUACAUACCUCUAGCUACAAUAAAAAUGAAAAUAUAAAGAGUAGUUAUUAUUCCAUAUUAGGGUAUAAAAAAAAUUAUUAUCAUGAAAUAAAUACAGAAAAAAACGUGAAUAAUAUUUUAAGUGAGGUUGAUAAAAUUCUGAACAGCAAUAAUUUUAAUGUGUAUAUAAAAAAUAAAGAAGAAAAAAAUGAAAAUAAAUUAUCCCUAAAAAAAGAGCAUGAAAUAGACGUGUUUAAAAUAUUAAACAUAUUAAAUAAAAUAUUAAUCUUAAUAAAAGAAGAAAAUAAUGAAUUUCGAAUAAAUGUAUGGAACAACCCAACAUUUAAAAAUCUUUUGUCUUAUAUUAAAUUAAAAAUUCCAAUUUUCAAUUAUAAUGAAAUGUUUUUAUUUAUAUUAUGCUUUUCAAAAAUACAAUUUAUUCCACAAGUUUUGCUCGAAGAAGUAUUAGUAAAGCUAAAUGAAGAGUCGUAUUUAAGCAAUUUUUUUAAAGACGAUAUUAAUAAGUUUUUUCAGUUUAUUUUUAUUUUUUCAAGUUUUAAAAAUUUAAAAAAUGUGGCAUCACGUCAGGAUUUUCUACAGUUUGUAACCGAAUAUAUUAAUGUGAUAAUGAGACAAGGAUUGAGUAAUAAUAAUAAUAAUAAUGAACAAAACAAUGCUCGUAAAAUAAGUUUAGACUGUUACAUGUUGUUAUGUUCAGCAAUGUAUAAUAUGAAUAUAAAGAAUGAAAUAUUAUUACAUGAAGUGUGUAAUGAAAUAAUUUCUCUUUUAAAUGACAGUAAAAUAGACGAAACUGUUGAUGAUAGAAUUAAUGUAGCAAAAAAAAUAAUUAAUAUUUAUUUUUCAUAUUCAUCCUUAGGAUUUAACAAUUAUUAUUUUUAUGAAAAAUUAAAUUCAUUUUUAUAUAAUGUAGUAGAAGGUGUAUCUUUAUCAAGCUCUUUAACUUUAUUACUUACUAUAUCGACAUUGAAAGAAAGAAAAGAUUAUAAUUUUCCUUUAUGUUUAUUAUCAAUAAUAGAGAAUAAAUUUAUAAAUAAUUUUUAUGCAUUAGAUCAAAAAGAUCUGUUAUUGUUAAUAUAUUUAUUUACUUACUUAAAAUUGUACAUGUCAAAUUAUGAGCAAUAUGUGUGCAUGUUGGAUUAUUUAUUUAAUGCUCAUAAUUUUGACUUUCUAAAAGAUGGUGACAGUAAUGAUAAAGCAAAGCUAGUUCAAAUAUAUUUUUCUUUAAAAGGGGGGAACAUAGACUAUAAAAAAAAAGAGAAUAAUAUAUCACACAUUAAUAUUUUCGAAUUACAAAAACAAACCCAAAAAUUAAAUGACAAUAUAAAUGAAAAAAAUAUUUCUCAUGUACAAAAUGAUAAAGAAAAUGGAGAUAGACAUGAAAAACAUGAACAAACUUACAAUGAUAAUAAAAGUGAAAUAAAAAAUAUAAUUUUAACAGAAUUACAGAAUAAAGGUGUUCUUCAAAAAAUUGAACAAAAUGUAAAUGGAAAUAUGGAAAUAAAAGAAAUAGCGAUUGAUGAUGAUGAUGAUUUUAAUGAAAAAAAAUAUGAACAUGUACAGGAAGAAAUUGAAAUAAUAAAUAAAAUAAUAAAUGAUAAAAUUAAUGAUAAAAUAUUUAAAGUUAAUACUAUAAAAAAAAACAUAUAUAUAAAUAAUUAUUAUUAUAGUCAUUUAUAUUUACAUAUAGAAAAAGACAAAAAAGAUAACAACAAAAUAUAUGAGAAAUAUGUUAUUAAUUUAUGUACAAAUGAAAAUAUCGAUUAUUUUGAUCAAAUAGAUAUAUAUACAAAUAUGAAAAAAGAACACUUGUUAGAUUUGCAUAUAAAAUAUAUUCCAAUUAAUUUAUUAGAAUGGAAAAAUUUAUCUCACCACGAAAAAGAAAAGUUACUCAUCCAAAAAUUGAUGGACAAAGAUGAGAAUGUACAACAUAUGACAUGA